CAGUCCGGACGCCCGCUUUUCCGGGAUCGCGCUCUUUCUCCGGCCGGCGGAGGGUCGGCGCGGGCCCGGGCCGGGCCGGGCGGGCCGGGCCGCUCUUCCCCCGCCUUCGGGACCCGCUUCCUCGCGGGGCGAUGGCCGCGCUCCGCUCGCUGCUGCUGCUGCUGCUGCUGCUGCCGCCGCCCUGGUGGCCCGGGCCGGGGGGCGAGGCCCGGGCGGGCCGGACCUGCACCGAAACCCGGCAGGUGCUGGGGGCUCGGGGCUACAGCCUCAACUUGCUCCCUCCCGCCCUUAUCUCAGGGGAGCACCUCCGCGUCUGCCCCCAGGAUUACACCUGCUGCUCCAGCGAGACGGAGCUGAGGCUCAGCCGGGACACCGAGGAGGCCUUCCGCGUUCUGCUGGAAGAGAGCGGCUCCUUCCUGCUCACCACCCUGGCUGCCCGGCAGCGGAAGCUCGACGAGUUCUUCCGGGAGCUUCUGGUGACGGCGGAGCGGUCCCUGGCCCAGAUGUUCUCGCGCUCCUACGGCCGCCUGUUCGCCCAGCACGCCCCGGUGUUCGGGAGCCUGUUCUCCCAGCUGCGGGCCCACUACGGGGGCGCGGGCGUGGCCCUGGACGAGGCCCUGGACGGCUUCUGGGCCCAGCUCCUGGAGCGGACCUUCCCCCUGCUGCAUCCGCACUACCACUUCCCCCCGGAUUACCUGCUCUGCCUGACCAAGCACAGCGGGCAGACCCGCCCCUUCGGCGACGCCCCCCGCCAGCUCCGCCUGCAGGUCACCCGAGCCCUGGUAGCCGCUCGGGCCUUCGUCCAGGGCCUGGCGACCGGCAGGGACGUGAUCGGCACGGCGGUCAAGGUGGCCAUCACCCCGGGCUGCAGCCAAGCGCUCAUGAGACUGACCGGCUGCCCCCUGUGCAGGGGGACCCCCGGACUCCGGCCGUGCGCCGGCUUCUGCCUCAACGUGGCCCGGGGCUGCCUCAGUGCGGGGGGUCUGGACCCCGACUGGGGGGGCUACGUAGACGCCCUGUUGCAGGUGUCGGAACGUCUGGAGGGGCCGUUCUCCAUGGAGCUGGCCGCCCAGUCCAUCGCCGUGAAGAUCUCCGAGGGGCUCAUGUUUCUGCAGGAGAACAGCGUCCAAGUGUCCGCCAAGGUGUUCCAGGGCUGUGGGGGGCCUCGCCCGGCCCCUGCCCGAGCCCGCCGGGCCCCCCCGCCUCGAGACGAGGUCGGAAGGAGGUUCCGGGUUUUCCCCCCUGAAGAGGAAAGACCGACUACGGCGGCCGGCACCAACCUGCACCGAUUGCUGACUGAGUUGCGGGAGAGGCUGCGACGGAUGCGGGGUUUCUGGGCGUCCCUCCCCCUGACCCUGUGCAGCGACGAGCGGAUGUCGGCCGGCGUGGGAGAGGAGGAGCGUUGCUGGAACGGGGCGGGGCGGGGGCGGUACCUGGCGGCCGUGGUGGGAGCGGGACUGUCGGAGCAGCUGGCCAACCCCGAGCUGAACGUGGACGUGGCCGCCGGGCCCGACUUGGCUACUCGGCGGCGGCGGCUUCAGCUCCGGGCGGCCACGGCCCGGCUCGGCGCGGCCGCGCUCGGACGGGACCUGGACCUGCAGGACGCCGACGAAGACGGCAGCGGGUCCGGGCUGGGAGAGCGCUACGUGGACGACUGGGCCGCCGCCGCCGCCCCCCCGGCCCGGGGGCCCCGACCCCCCCGCAGGGACACCCCCGGCGGGGGCAAGGGGGGCCCGGGGAGCGGGCGACACAACCAGGGCCGGGGGGCGGCCGGGCGGGUCACGGUCCCCGAGGGCCUUCUCCUUCUCUUCCUCCUCCUCCUCCCCUCCGGCCUGGCCCUGUUGGGACUUCGGUAG